AUCGCAGCACCGAAGGAGGAGGAUGUGACCUGCAAGAGCGGCAAUCGCUGCUGAAGUCUCGGUCAUCCUUCACGUGCUUCGAGGCAAGUACCGGGGGUACCCCGAUGGAUGGCUCGGAUGACCUCCGAGCCUUGAAAAGUAUAUAUUACGAGCUCCCGAUGUAUGAUCUCGAAUUCAAACAACUCGUGCUCGCACUCGCCUGCAGAAUCGAUCUAGACGGACUUUGCUAGGCAGGAAGGAGCUUGUCAGCUCCCCUUGCUCGGCGGACGAAGGAUCUAGGAGAAAGCUCGCGAGUGUCUUUUUAGAAGAACGUUCACAAUGGCACCAUCAUGGGCAGCGAUCUGCCUUAUUCUUUGCGUAUCUGCACGAAUGGCCUUGGCUCAAGACGUAAAAACGUACAAAGUGGGUGACAGCGCUGGGUGGACAUACAUCAACGCCUCGAGUGGACUGCCCGCAGACUACAAAGCUUGGGCCGCGCAGUACCAGUUUUUCGUCAAUGAUAUUAUCAGAUUUGCCUACGAACCCUUGAAGCAGAAUAUCUACCUCUUCAACAGCUCGGAGUCGUGGACGAGCUGCGACAUGACCGUCGGCAAGAUGCUCGACGACGGUACCUCUGGAUUCUCCGAGUGGUACUUGCCCCUCGAGGGAUACUACAACUUCGCGAGCGGCAUUGACUGCGACAAGGGCAUGAAAUUCAGGAUCUUCGCCGUCAAGUCUGCAGGCACUGGUCCAGUUGACGCCCCCAUCCCUGCACCAUCGCCAUCAAAGCUAGCACCAGGACCUAGCAAGCUGGCGCCCGCACCUUCGAUGACCCCAGCCACUUCGCCGGGACCUUCGGUGGCCGCCGCCCCGACUUUGCUAACAAUGACGGACUCUCGAGUCGUCUCCAGGGGCCCUGCUCUUGCUCCUGCUCUUGCCCCGACUGCCUCCAGAUCUGCCCCAGCUGUCUGGACCCAAUCAUUGUUUCUCGCCUCGACAGGUGCUGCUGUAGCAGCAGCAUUACUAUUGAGGCUGUAGGCUCGCCGCUGGAAGACGACGACGACGCACAGCUGCUCGCUCCCCUUCUCUCUCACUCACUCGAGCACUUCUCAGUCAAGUCGAACAUGGGAAGUGUCUCGGAACCACAUACUGUAGAUUGGAAUGCACACCUUAACCCUCCCUAAAACCACUCCACCAGCUGCGGCCUACGGAACAUGGCCACAAACAGGACAUCAUCAUGGGUACGAUCCCUGUCCGGUCAAGAAGCAAAGAUCUCGUGGAGAUUCCGCAGAGGUGGCAGUAUAGCAGCAGCCCUCCCCGUGCCUCCAGCAGCUUCGGGACAGGUCAUGCACCGCGGCGAUUAUUGACGCUGCGAUUCUUCACCAGUGCCGGCAUGUUGAGAUCAUGGAGAGGUUGGCCACAACCCGGAGGAGGAAUUAGAAGCUUUGAGUUCUAUUUACUAGACAACUAAUUGAAUAUCGAUUUCGAAAGCCACCAUACAGUCAGUCAACGAUCAUAGCUGGCCCAACAGUUGUAGAUGAAUGCCAACAAGUGUAGAGGAUGUAAUCAGUCCGAGCUGGGAUCCGUCAGAGCAAGCUCUCUCUCGUCACACGAGCUGGAUCUGUCUGUCUAGACCUCUACCUAAGUAAGACAAUUCCGCACAGUAGAAAGCGAAUUUGUAACAUCUGGACCGAAACAUUGCACCUUCACGGUAACGCCGUAGGUGCUCUACAUGAACUAUUCUUGUGGAUUCAAUGACAAUAAAUGGAAGUUCUCGCAGCUUCAUUGG